AAAUUCCCUCAUACAUCCGCCUUGCGUCGCACGUUAUAAACAAAGCAACGCUUCUGACACUGCUACAAAUAGUGCUGUUUGGAAAGAUAGAGAAAGAGAAAGUUUUGUGGACCUUUUUUGGGGAGUGUUCAUAUCAAGACAAUCAGAAAAAAAACAAAAGCAUCUGCAGCUCUUGAAAUGGACGACAUCCAGGUUAUUGAGUCCAAACCCCUGCUGGUUGAUAAGGAACUGCCGGGUCUGAGAGAGGCUGUGCAGCAGCUUGUCAUCAAGGAGCACGACGUGGAGACUCCUCAUGGAAGAAUCCAUUGUACAAUGAAGGGCAUGCCCAAGGGAGACAGACCAGUGAUCCUCACCUACCACGAUGUUGGACUGAACCACAAAACCUGCUGGAACACGCUCUUCAACCAUGAGGACAUGUCCGAGAUCAUGCAGCAUUUUGCCGUGUGUCACGUUGAUGCUCCCGGGCAGCAUGAGGGAGCCAACACCUUUUCCACUGGAUAUGAGUACCCGUCCAUGGACCAGGUUUCAGAGACCCUCCCAUCUGUGUUGAAGCACUUUGGGCUGAAGAGUGUUAUUGGAAUGGGCAUUGGAGCCGGGGCCUACAUUCUGACCAGAUUUGCCCUGGACUACCCGAACAUGGUUGAGGGACUCUUGCUCAUCAACAUCAACCCGUGUGCUGAGGGAUGGAUGGACUGGGCUGCACACAAGAUCAGCGGAUGGACUCAUGCCAUGCCGGACAUGCUCAUCAGCCACCUCUUUGGAAAGGAGGAAAUCCACAACAAUCCUGACCUGAUCGGAACAUUCCGCCAUCACAUCCUCAACGACAUGAACCAAUUUAACCUGCAUCUCUUCGUCAAGUCCUACGAAAGUCGAAGGGAUCUGGAAAUUGAGAGGCCGGUCCCUGGAAGUAAUGUCAGAACCCUCAAGUGCCCAUCUCUGCUAGUGGUUGGCGACAGUUCUCCUGCUGUGGAGGCUGUGGUUGAGUGCAACACCAAGCUGGACCCAACAAAGACCACCCUCCUGAAGAUGGCUGACUGUGGAGGCAUGCCCCAGGUUGACCAGCCUGCAAAACUGACAGAAGCUUUCAAGUACUUCAUCCAGGGCAUGGGAUACAUGCCCUCAGCCAGCAUGACCCGCCUGGUCCGCUCCCGCACCGCCUCAGGCUCCAGCGUCACCUCCUUCGAUGGCAGCCGCUCGCGCUCACACACCAACGAGGGCAGACGCAGCCGCAGCCACACAGCCGACAACCAGCGCGCUCGCUCCCACACAGAAGGCUCCAUGGAUGGCUCGGGCAAUAGCAACGUGGACCAAGCCGUGCCCAAGUCCACCGAAGUGUCCUGCUAAGUGAAACCUCAAAUCUCCAGACGCCCCGAAAAAACCCUGUCCAGGUCCCUUUCGGUUUGUGCUGCGCUGCCUCUAACUGACACACAGACACACACAUUCCUAUGCACACACACUCACCGAUGUAGAGGGGGCACUAAAAUAGCAAACCUGGGAUUGUAAAAAUGCAUGUGGACACUCACCUGCAGACUUUGUAGUGCAGCUGAAACGCCCCAUUUGUCUUUCUAAGGGACUCAAACACAUCUCUGAUAGGAAAUUUUGCCACUGAGCUCCUCAGUCAGAUGAGUGUGUAGUUAGGGGCAACGCAGCGUCUGGGAACACAGAAGCAGAGAA